AGGAAGAAGAUCAAAGGAAGUAGUUAGAGAUGGCGAUCGAUCUCUGCUCGGCUUCGGAGAGUUCUGGGAUCGGAAUAAGUCCAAGAAUUUCGUUUUCUCAUGAUCUAUGCCACUCUGAUGUCGUCCCUGUCGAAGAAUACAGCCAUCGAUCAGAUGCGUCGCUCUUGGAUUCAAGCUUCAAUUUUGAUUUCGGCGUCAGCGGAAGCUUCGAACAAGAACCAUUUUCGGCUGAUGAUCUCUUCUUCGAUGGAAAAAUGCUUCCUUGUGAAAUUAGGGAGAAAACAGAGAAUGCUUCUCUUUCGAAACAAAUCCAUCAACCUAUCCGUCCUCUGCCACCUCUGCCUCCGCCUCCGCCUCCUCCUAAACCUUAUCUUACUAAUACUACGAGUGAUGAUUCGAAGAAAGAAAGCUUGAAGAAAAUCAUGGCGAUGACUACCGAAUCGGAAGAAAAGGCCUCCUCGAAAUCUUUCUGGCGGUUCAGACGAAGCAAUAGUUUCAAUUGCUGGAAUGGUCAAAUUUGCUCCAUACCGCUUUUAUCCCGAAGCAAUUCAACAGGUUCAACAUCAAAUUCCAAACGACAACCAUUGUUAAAGGACAGUCAAAAUCAAUCCCAUAAACCUCCUUCCAUGCCAGCAAAAUUUUCUUCUUCUUCAUCUUCGUCAUCGUCAUCGUCUCAGAAGCAUCCACUGAAAAAGAAUUGUGGCGGUGGAUCUUACGGCAGUGGGGUUCGAAUUAGUCCUGUUCUUAAUGUUCCACCUCCCUAUAUUGCCAAAGGAACUGUAAAUUUAUUUGGUUUGGGUUCGUUAUUCAGCACUGGAAAGGAUAAGAACAAGAAGAAAUAAUCUGCAUUCUUUCUUCUAGGUGAUGAAUUGGUUUACUAUUUGCAUAUUUUCAUGGGUUUAAUACGCCCUCAACAUUUGUUCUUGAAUUACUGUGUGAUCAAGUUGUGAAAUUGAAUGCAAUUAUGUGAAGAAUGAAGGAUUCCAGAGU